AUGGCAGCUACCGGAAAUGAAAUCAAUGGCACUGGCUCCCGAGGCAAAAUUCUCAUCGUUGGUGCCGGCUAUGGUGGAUUAGCAACCGCGAUCGAACUCAAACGGAAGGGCUUUGAUGUCGAGGUCGUGGAGGCUGCUAGGCAGCUGACCACUCAGGGCGACAUCAUUCAGGUCGGAUCUAAUGCCUCGCGCGUCAUGUCAAAUUGGGGGAAUUUGCUGGAACAGGCAGUCGCAGAGUCCGCCCAGCCAGCGCGCAUGACGCUGUUUGACAAGUCAGGAAAGAAAUUGCUAGAGGCACCGCUGCCAACAGAGUUCAGCGGAUACCCGGUCUUGUACUCGAAUCGUGGGCUCCUGCAGCGUUUAAUUUUCGAAGAAGCGAAGACCUUGGGCAUCGAGUUCCGGUUCGGCAAGCGUGUCAAGUCUUACUUCGAAGAGGACGACUGUGCUGGAGUCGAGAUCGACGGCGAGCGCCUUGUCGCGGACGCAGUCAUCGCAGCGGAUGGAAUACAUAGCGCUGCGCGGAAACAUGUCAUCGGUAUUCAACAACACCCUCGGACCAGCGGGUUCGCAGUCUAUCGCACCUGCUUCCCGUCGGAAUGCUUGGCCAAAGAUCCAUUGACGAAGCCGCUCACUGAGUUGAAAGAAGAUCUCUUCCACGUUUGGCUUGGAUCUGACGUGCACGCCAUCUUGUUCAUCACGGUCGCCACUCAAUCGGUCGUCAUUUUCUGCACUCAUAAGGAUACCUACGAGGUCGAAGAAUCCUGGACUAAUCCCGGCGAUCUCCACGACAUGCUGAACGUCGUCGAAGGCUGGGAUCCAAUCAUUUGUGCCGCAAUGAAGGCAAUACCGCCAGAAAAACUGAUCGAUUGGAAGCUCCUCUGGCGCGACCCUAUCCGGCAGUGGGUGUCCCGCACAGGUCGCAUCACGUUGGUUGGCGACGCGGCGCAUCCUCACCUACCCACCUCGGGACAAGGAGCCGCCCAAGCAAUUGAGGAUGCAGCGACAAUCGGGGCACUGGUCGAUAAGUUAGGCAAAGACAAUAUCCCUGACGCUUUCCGGGCAUUUGAAAAGCUUAGGUAUGAGAGGACAAGUCUCACGCAGCGAAUGGGCUGGGAGACCAGGCAUCGCUGGCAUCAAACCGACUGGGAGGCCGUUGCAGUGAACCCGGAGUUCUUGAAGAUGCCUCAGCCCAUGUGGUUGUACACAUUUGACGCGGAGAAAUACGCAUAUGACCGGUGUGACGAAGCGGUUGAGAGCUUGAGAAAGGGGACGCCGUUCAUAUCCACGAACACUCCAGGAGGCCAUGUUCACGAGGAUUGGACGGUGGAGAUGAUGAUGGCGUUGGAGAAGGAGCAGGCAAAGGAUCACUUUUAUCGAGUCGCGAACAAAUAG